AUGAGAACCGUCAUUCAUCUAAACGAUUACAUGUCUACGCAUCUCAGCUCUUCUUCCUCUUCCUCUUCUUCAUCAUCAAAAAUCAUCCAGGCAUUUUUAACAUCGACGCCAAGAACCACAACUACAAAAACGCCGCUGCACGCCGACAACGCGAAGCAACAACGAACGCAAAAAAUAAAAUUAUUCCUAUCAAGCGCCAUCUCUGAACAGACGGGGUGUGGUCUGAGUGAGAAUCCGUGGGUGCUGAUGGCAGGCCCUGGUCAGAGGAUCAACAUAACGGUCAUUGAUUUCUCCCAAGAAUCCUUACAAUUACCGGAACCGAUGGACAACAAACGGGUCUACUCCAGCCAGAAUCCGACCUACAAACAGAUGGACAAAUCGAGAAACCGAACUUCAGAGUUCACCUGUCGAGUUUUAGCGAAUAUUCGAGAAAGUAGUUUUGAUGGCAUCUCUACGGUUUGCUCGGGGCAGGGGAAGGUGGUGAACGUGAAGACGUCCACCUCCAACAAAGUCGAGUUGAGGUUCCACGGGAACAGGGUUCUGAGUGAUGGUAGCGGUAGUGGUAGUGUUGGUGCUGGUGGGAUUGCUAAGCCCGCGGUUCGACUGCAUUCUCAUUUCCUGUUUCAAAUUGAAGUCUUGGGCUGUGCCACACCGACCUACCCCGCACCUAUGACCGCCAAAAGAAUUGGUGACCUGCUGAUGGUGGAGUGCAACAAGGGUGGCGCAAGUAGUGGAGGGACCGGUUGGACCCUUACCUGUAUCAAUGACGUCUGGAUUGGUAACCAUGGAAACUGCAGCCACGCAUCUUCGACAAUUUCUGAGAAACUGGAAAAUCUUUUUCCGUAUGCAACAUCUGUCGUUACCAUUGGAGUGAUUGCAGUCUUUAUGAUUUAUGCAAGAAGAUAUACAAAAAAAAUUUCUCAUUCCAUUUGA